AUGGAGGAGAGCGUUCACACGCCAACGUCGAAUGGAACGGAACCACCCGGCAGUGUUAGCCUCAACGAGGCCAAGCUGUUGGCGAUCGUUGCGCUCGGACUCGGCAGCUUCCUGUGCGGUGUGUUACCGAUGUACUGUUCUCGCCGGAAUCGGGAACGGUUCCCACGGACGUUGUCGUGUCUUCUGUGCCUUGGGGCAGGUGUACUGUUUGCGACCGCCAUCGUGCACAUGCUGCCGGAAGUGCGUACUUACCUGAACGCGUACGCCGAGAUCGUGUUCUGUAGCGGGUUCUUUCUCAUGUACGCCAUCGACGAGCUGAUGCUGUUCUGUGGUAUCGGAGCGCAUGAUCAUGGCGAGGGAAGCGAACCGGAACGACGGUGCAGCAUCGGUGAGGAAUCUGACACCGCGAGCACGUCUAGCCGAAGAGAUCGCCGAUAUGGUACGAAUGAGGAAACCAAAUCUCUCCUGAAUAAUUACAGAAGCGACUCUGAAAGUCACAUCGUCCAUCGAGCGUUGGAGAGCGGAGUUGUCGCCAGUGGUACCGGCCUAUCCAACAGAUCAUCCAUCGAAGGCCGGCCAGAAUUGCAACGACAGCAGUCGAACGCGACCGAGGUUCACCUAACGGGUGUGUUUGGUUUACUGUUGGCCCUCAGCUUGCAUUCCCUGCUCGAGGGGCUGGCGAUCGGUGUGCAGAAUUCGGCACCCAAAGUGCUGCUCCUGUUGGGUGCGGUCAGUGCUCACAAGUUCGUGGUGGGCUUUGCGCUUGGUGUGGAACUGUGCUUGCAGGGUACGAUACACCGAUGCUCGCACAUCCUGCAGGUGUUAACGUUCUCGCUCGGUUCGGUGGCCGGUAUUGGCAUCGGAAUGGGUUUGGACGGACUGAACGAAACGCUUACCAGCCUCAUCGUGCCGGCGCUGCAAGGAUUGGCCGGUGGAACGCUCCUGUACGUGACCGUGAGCGAGGUUUUGCCACGUGAACGCGCGAAACGACGACUGCAUAUGAGGAGCAUUGGCCUAACCCAGCUCGUCGCCGUUCUAGUCGGGUUUACGUUAAUGUCCGUGCUUAGCUUAACCCUUAUCGACGAGUAAAGCGACGGGACGGAACCGCUAACGUGAUUUAUCUAUUAUUACGUGAACAUUUUUUAUAGUAUUGUAUUGUAACGCUCCAAAAAAAAAUAAUGUGCCGUUUUACACAAUUUUCAACAAUAAACAUUAGCUAGUAAGCUACCAACC